AUAAAAUUGAUAAAAAAAUUGCAGCAGCAGCAAAAUUUGGACCAAAAUCGUGCAUUAUCUUUUCUUCAAGUGUUUCAAAAUUAUCUGUCAUCCCCGUUCCUGUAUUUAUAUAUGUACGUUCCUGUAUCAUGAAAUCCACCAAAGCCACGCGGGCUAAAGAGAAGAAGAAGCUGGCGAUACUGACAUCCGGUGGUCAGACCUCAUCCCGUCCUCCUCUCCCUGGGCAUCAACUUUCCCUCGUCAAAAAAGAGUCCCAGCUCAUCGCCAAAGAUCCCAAACGUUUUCUGGACAAUUAUGCAUUAGGAAAAGUGGUCUCACGAAUGACGGAUGUCUCAGCAAUGGACGUGGACGCUCUUCUCGGAGGGGGCAUCAACCAACUGGCAUUUGAAGAGAGCGAUGCCAACGACGAGUGGGGCAGGAGACGCAUCAUCCCAAAAUCGGAUAAGGAAUUGGAAGAAAAGAUCAAGGAAUUUGACAACAAGUAUCAACUCUCCAAGAACAGGACGCUCCUAUUGAGCAUGUCCGUCUUAUCGCAGGAUCCUAGUCGCAGUGGAGCAAGGGGACUUUUUGGGAGGAAUUUCAUGUCCAAAAUCUCCUCAGAAACAGACGAAGGUGUGCCCAGCACACGCUCCACGUCCGAACAGGAACAAGACAAUUGGUUGACUAAUAAUAAUAGCAGCGAUCGUCGUCGUUAUCUUGGUCGGUCUGCUGGUUCCCCUCUGAUGACGGAUGAAGGAAACAGUGACGAAUCCGACCUCGAGUUUGACGAUGACACACGCAUGCCUACCAAGAUGGAACUGCUAACCAACAGGGUCACUCAUCGCCGUCAUCUUAAGGGGAUAUUAGAUUCGGACGAAGAAAGUGGAUACUAUGACGCCAACUUGGACAAGAGUAGUCCCACCGCGGUUGAGAUUGCCAUGCAAGGAUUCAUCGACCGCAUCAGACACCAGGACAUUGAUAACAUUAUCGUCUGGGUGAACACUUUGGCCUCCAUGAAAGAUGUCCAACUCCCCUUCGGCUUCCCCCACAACUUGGCCAUCCCACUGGACCCAGAAACCAUAAAGGACAGCGACCUUCGCUCCUUCGCCGAGUCCGCGACGGACGAUUUUGUCCUUCUCGAUGGCGAAUAUUCCGCAAAGAUGGAGGAAAUUACGAAACGUUUGAGAGAAAAUUGGGACUCACUUCAAUCCUCGAGAUGGACACCGCGAGACAGCGCGUUGCUCUUUUAUAUCGUCACGGCUUUGGAGGAUGGCGUCACCCCGGCCCUCGGAGAAAUUAGGGUCGAGUUGCUCAGGAGGAUGUUUCCUGGUGUCGCGGAGGAGCAGAUGACCCUGCAAAAGUAUCGCCUUCGGACGAAACGUGUCUGGGAGGAAAAGCGUGGCGCAAUACUCAAAGACUGGGUUCGGGACAAAGAUGAUCUCACAAAGAAGGUCAACGAGGGCUGGGCCAUGCUCCAAAAAGAUUUGACCAAACGAUUGGAACUUGCCAAGGAACACCGGGACCAAAUAGAUCGCACCACAUUCUGGCGAGAAAGGUUGGACAAGCUUAGAGCGGAAAAAUGUGCUCGAAUACGACGCAUUCAAGUGGCUGUCGAACCCUUUGAGAAAGUCGUAGAGGAAAAAACUCGUCUGCGGCUGGAGGAAGAAGAACGUGUCAAAAAAGCUCAACGGAUCCAACUCAUGAAAUUUAAAGAGUCACAGAGGCUCAAAAGUGAACAAGAAUGGAGAGAAAGAGCAAAGAUUGAGAUGGAACAAGAGCAUAAAAAGAAAAUGCAGGCGAAACAAAAUCAGGGACGUGUCGCACAUCGCCACCAUGUUCUGGAGCAAAAGAGAGAUGCAAUGAAGGAGCAGGAGAAAGCGAGAAUGGAGAAAGACAAGGAGAGAAAAAUGCUCCUGGAAAAGACCAAGAUUCCCGUCAAUCUGACUGAAUACCCAGUCGGAAACCUGUUGGCAGACACUUAUUCCUCCCUUUUGCAUCGGAGAGAUAUUGUGACCUAUGACGAGGAAGAGGAUGAGAUGGUGGCCUUUUUCCGAUCGAGAUACAACAACAGCUUCUCAUCGGAGAAGGUCUUGCGGGAUCGUCGCAACCGUGUGGAGAACAAGUUGAGGGAGGCUGGGCUCUUGGGCAACGACUAUGCGAGGCAGGUUCUCUUGGCAAUGGAACCCAAGCCAAAACCACACCUCUUGUCCAACAUCCAGUUCAAGGAGGACGGAAAUUAGUCAACCAACAAAGAAGCAAGCAAGACUGAUAUAGUUUAUGUCUCACACAAAUUAUGCCUUGUACUUUUAUCCGAAUUUCUGUUUGAAUAAUAUACCGAUUAAUUUUUUAACUUUGUACAUUUUCCCAAGUCAA